ACGUGGCGAUAGAGACCGGAAAGCGACACGGACGCGGCUUAAGGUUGGUCGGUUAAAGUGUUCAAUGCCGGAAGCGAGCGGAGUGGGCUGGCAAUUUAUAAUAUUUGGGCAUCAUGGCAGAUGAUUUGAAAAGGUUCCUGUAUAAAAAGCUACCAAGUGUUGAAGGACUUCAUGCUAUUGUAGUAUCAGACAGAGAUGGUGUUCCAGUAAUCAAGGUUGCCAAUGAUAAUGCCCCUGAGCAUGCUCUUCGACCCGGUUUCUUGUCAACAUUUGCACUUGCAACAGAUCAGGGCAGCAAGCUUGGGCUUUCCAAAAACAAAAGCAUAAUCUGUUACUACAACACUUAUCAGGUGGUUCAGUUCAAUAGACUUCCUUUGGUAGUGAGUUUUAUUGCCAGCAGCAACGCCAAUACAGGACUGAUUGUAAGCCUGGAAAAAGAGCUUGCUCCCUUGUUUGAAGAGCUGUGGCAAGUGGUGGAAGUCUCUUAACUCAGUAUUUAGGUCCAGAGUGCAGCAUCUCUUCAAUAUCAAACAGGGAAAGAUUCAGUCAUUUUCACACUGUAUAAUGAAUGUCCUGGAGAAAAUGUCACUUUCUCUUAUUGUAUGUUAAAAACUGUACUAGACUGAAAAAAUAAGGUAAGAUUGGGAUAAAUGGGCUGUUCCUGUAUAUCUUAAGUUGCUGGGUAUAUUAGUGAGCAUAACAACUCCCAUGGAGUUAACUUCAUGCUAGCACAUAUUUCAUAGCAGGAAAAAUAUUUUUUGUGUAUAACAUGCCAUCCACAACUUUUUCACUGUACCAGCAGUACAUUGCCUCUGUCUAUAGAUAAACUGAGACUAGUACAAAUAUACAUUUUGCAGUUAUAUCUUCCUUUUAUGCUUAGAAAGAGAACAUUAUGGGGAAAAGUUACGUUAAUACUGAUAUGCAAUCAAUGACUCUUUGGAUAGCAGAAUGUUAAGGUUCAGGAUAGCUAUUUUUUAGAAAUUAGCUACAUGCUGUUUUUGCAGAGGUCAAAUUAAUCAGUGUGUUCCCUUUCUGUAUUCUUUAUAAAACUGAUUUUUUUUUGAAUACAUGUAAUUAUGGUACUUUGCUGACUUAUCUGGCUUUGUAUGUUCCUAAGCAAAUCUGAAUAAAAGAAACAGACAAGAUGUACAGUCUGAUCAUUAUCACAGAGAUAGAUCUUGCAAAGCAGCAUUAUUGCUGUCUUUAAUCUCAGUAGGUUGAUUUAUAUAGUGCUGUUGCCUUGGAGUAAAGAAAAAAACCCAGAAACCUAACUAGAAUCAUUUUUUAAAUGAGAGAAAGCAUUUUGAAAAUUGGAAAGUAUAAGAAUCCUAAGACAUAAAGGGGUAUAUUCUAUACUGUAUAUGGAAGAAACCUACAUUACCUUUGAUGGGACAUUAGUAGCUAUACGUAGGAUUGCACUCUAACAAAUAGGCUUCAUGUCAAGAACAGACUAGGUGUAGAGCUGGACUCUAAACUAGAGCAGCCUUUAUCAAUCUUGGCAACUUCCAGAUGUGUAGACUUCAACUUGCAGAAUUCCCCAACCAGCCUGGCCAUUGCUGAGAAAUCUGGAACUUGAAAUUUACACAUCUGGAAAUUGCCAAGAUUGAGAACAAGUGGAGUAGCUGAUAUCCAAGGUCCAUUCCAACUCUUACAUUCUGUAAUUUGGAAGUUGCCACAGUUGAGAAACACUGAACUAAGAGAGUACACGAGUCCUUUUUUUCAGAAUGCAGGAGUGGAAAGUAAUCUCAUUUAAAUUAAGAGCAUUAGCCUAACCCUAACCUCAGACCCCCACUGGGAAAGGAUUAAUAUUUUUUCAAGAUCAAUUACAUAAAGCUUGAAAAUAUUUGUAUUACCACCAUUGUCUUACCCACUGCACAGCUCAAAUUGUAUUUUCUUUUUGUUCCUGGUUUAUUAGAAAUUUUAUAAUAAAAGUACAAAAUAUGAUACAAUUGUUCUCAAUACAUAUUUGCACAAUCCUUCAUUCACAUGGUCCUCUUGUCUUCACACACUCUGGUGACAGCAUAACAUUUUGAAAUGUUCCUAUUAGUAGUACAGAAAAAUAUUAAAUGAGAAAACAAAUG